AUGAAGACUAUGCGUAUGUUAUUGCUACUUGUAUGGUGUGCUGUGGUUGAUGUUCGUUAUCCUCUAUAUUAUUCUGAUAAUCGUCAACGUUUGUCUCCUUCAUUCGAUUGUCUCUAUGCAUAUUUAGUCGAUGAUGUCAGCGACAAUGCUAAGGCUAACAUUCUUAACUAUCAUUUGAUUCCUUACUGUAUACGACCUGAUAUUGGUGUAGAAUUACCAAAUAUAUCAGACAAAAAUGUAACAAAUAUGUUCACAUUUGAUGAAUUGAGAAAAAAAGGUGUGACCAGUGCGCAAUUACUCGAUUGGUCAGCAACAAUUGCUUUGGCAGAACAAUACAUGAGAAAUAAUGAAAGUUUAAUUGAAAAUAUUUACAAUUGUUCAUCACCCUGGUUUGCUCCUAUGUGUCAAUACAAUAAUGGAGAAGACGAGCAAAUGUGUGAGCUACUAGAAUUAAACGAAUGUAAAAAUAAUGAAUAUCGAUGUCAUUAUGGUGGACAACGUAUUCCAAUAAUGUUUGUUCAUGAUAACAAGACUAAUAUCGAUUGUCUGGAUCGUAGUGAUGAAAGUGAGAUGAAAAGGCAUUCAUUUGGUCGACCACCUAGAUUGGAAUAUAUCGGAAUUUCAAUAUUUCGAUGCGAAGAGCGUACUUGUCGAUUUCAUCAUUCAUUUUCCUGUGGUGAUGGUGAAUAUGUUUUUAAUUUGAUGUUACCUAGUUUUAUCAAUCAUUGUUUCAAUUAUCGUAAUAAGUUAAUUAGUCAUAUUACAUUGACUUCACUUGAUCAUGUUUCGAAUAUCAAUUGUCGACAAAUACUUCUUUGUUUGAUAAUGCUUUCGAUUAACACUGAAAGCUUUUGUACUUAUAUUUUUGAAAAUUUUUUUCAUGAUAAAAAUUGUAAAUCACUUGAUAUGGAUUGUUCUUCAGAAUGGAUUACUGUACCUGAACAAUCGAUUAUUUAUGGAUUUUUUCAAUUCGUUUAUCGAACUAAUCGAUCGAUGGUUGAAUGGAGUCAAAGUAUUAUACCGGAUUUGAUUUGUUUCCAUGCAGAACAAUGUUCAGCUUUACUAUUCUGUGGAAUUAAUAUCGACAUGAAUACUAAACUGACUUAUCGUGCUAAACGUUGUUUGGCAAUUGGUACUGAACAAUCAUGUUCACAUUCAUCUCUUUUUCACUGUUCACGUUCAAUGAGAUGUAUUUCAUAUCAUCGUCUCGUUGAUGAUUUUCAAGAUUGUUAUUUUAAUGAAGAUGAAUUAUAUCCUAGUUGUCAACUUAAUGAUUCAUAUCGUUUCAUAUGUGAAUUAGAUCAUAAAAAAUGCUUGUCACCAGUUGCAAUCAGUAAUUUAUUAUAUGAAUGUUCUAAUUUCGAAGAUAAAUUAUCAAUAAGUGAAUUAACUUAUAAGAGCCAACCAACAUUCUCACGGUUUUGUGAUGGUUUUCUAGAAAUGAUAGAUACAAAUGAAACUGAUGAUACCUCUUGUGAAUUAUGGCCAUGCGAUAAUCCUUAUACUCAUUGUGAUGGAAAUUGGAAUUGCCCAAAUGGUACCGAUGAGCUUAAUUGCUCGCAUAAAAUGUAUUCAUCAAAUGAAUAUCAAUCCACACCUAUCCAUGGUCGUUUCGACCUAUAUUUGACAACAUAUCGAUUGGGAUUUUUUCCGCCUAUAUCAACAAAUACAAAUUCUCAUCGAUCUAUUGAUACAUUGAAUCAAGAUAUAAAUGCUAGUACAAUUAUCUAUCCUUUACCAAAUUGGUAUUGUAAUCGAAGAAUUCCAAUACUUGUAGCCAGUAAUGAAACAACUAUUUGUCUUUGUCCGCCGACUUAUUUUGGCCUUCGAUGUCAAUGA